CACGGACGAGGGCCGAAACAUCGAUCGUCCGAGAGCUCUCCAGGCAGGCGCCAUCUUGGAUCGAACAACCCUGAGAAGAACGAUCCCCAGGUAUCGGGAGUAGACCCCAGCGGGAGACCGGCGGCCCCGCCCCGCCCAAGGUGGGCCCCUGGAUCUAGGGUCUCGGCCACCCCUGAGCCCUCUCCCAAGAGGAGGCCUGGCGGUAGCCGCGGCUCUCCACCCCGCCCGGUUUCAGCUUCGCGACCACGGACGAGGAUCCCGGCGCCGCCGUCGAGCAUGUUUCACGGCAUCCCAGCCACCCCCGGGAUGGGAGCCCCAGGGAAUAAGCCCGAGCUGUAUGAGGAAGUGAAGCUGUACAAGAAUGCCCGGGAGAGGGAGAAGUAUGACAACAUGGCAGAAUUGUUUGCUGUGGUGAAGACCAUGCAAGCCCUGGAGAAGGCGUACAUCAAGGACUGCGUCACCCCGAACGAGUACACAGCAGCCUGUUCCCGACUCCUGGUCCAGUAUAAAGCUGCCUUCAAGCAGGUGCAAGGCUCAGAAAUCAGUUCCAUUGAUGAGUUCUGCCGAAAGUUCCGUCUUGAUUGCCCACUAGCAAUGGAGAGGAUUAAAGAGGACCGACCAAUCACCAUCAAGGACGACAAGGGCAACCUCAACCGAUGCAUUGCUGACAUUGUCUCGCUCUUUAUCACUGUGAUGGAUAAACUCCGUCUGGAAAUCCGUGCCAUGGAUGAGAUCCAGCCUGAUCUUCGAGAAUUAAUGGAGACCAUGAACCGCAUGAGCCAUUUGCCUCCUGACUUUGAGGGUCGACAGAAAGUCAGCCAGUGGCUACAGACCUUGAGUGGCAUGUCGGCUGCAGAUGAGUUGGAUGAUUCUCAGGUCCGACAGAUGUUGUUUGAUCUGGAGUCUGCCUACAAUGCCUUCAACCGCUUUCUGCAUGCCUAGACCCAGGGCUGGGACCAUGGUUUGCGGGGCUAGAACCCUAGAAUAAACUGCUCAUUUCCCCCUUCUUCCAGCUUGGUGGGGUAGGGGUUGGGAGGGGACCUGUCUCAGGGUUACAGGAGAGUGCUUUUCCUUCACCACUUCCUCAAGAAGUGAUUGUAAGUGGUGGCCUGGGGUUCAUUCACACCAGAGCAUUCUGCUUGGGCUGGCCCCAGCCCUCAUAACCCAGGGUGCAUUAACACAAUCACUCUAGCUCACAGAUGGUGUAGGAGCCGAGUCAUCAGGGGCUCUCGGGUGCUUUCUCCUCUUUCCUUCUUUCCCAAGUCCACAUAACCCACAUCUACCCCUGACCAUUUUAAUCUCUCUUCCUUGGAAUGGGGGGGGAAUAUGUGUAGGGUUAAGUAGAUAGUAUCCUAUCUUGCCCCACUGGUACCCCAGAAUAAAGAUUGUUCCCUAUAUCUGGAAUCAAGAUGACUUGAGUUCAGAUCCAGCCUCAGACACUAGUGUGUGAUCCCUGAAUAAGUCACCUAACCUCAGCCUCAGUUUCCUCAGCUGUAAAAUGGGGAUAAUAUCAGCAUCCACUUCUCAGGGUUCUCAUAAAGAUCAACUGAGAUGAUAUUUGUAAAAAGCUUAGCACGAUACCUGGCAUAGAGUAAGCACUAUGUACUUACUCCCCUCCCCUUUAAAUCCCUUAAUUCCAUGCACUGGAGUGAAGUGCUAGAAUUUAAUUCAUACCGUUAGACUCCUUGAGAGGUAAAGUUCUCUACAUCAACAGGGAAGGUUCUGCUGAACCAAAGUCAUCCCCCCUUCCCUAAAGCAGUUACAAAGUCAGAUACUUGUCUUUUUUUCAUGAUCCUCUUAGACCCGUCACUGUCUGGAGCUAGAAGGUAGUUCACUCAGUACUCCAAGCCUGCCCCUGCCCCCGAGCCUCCAUAAGGGCAGAGUCUAGGCAUAAAUAUUAGCUGAUGUGACCUAAGAAUCUACAUCACUGUAUCCAUUCUGAUAAUCCCAGAGAUUUUCCUUUCCUAGGGAAAUCUGACCCCAUUCAACUUAAGUUUCUGCUGUCUACCCAUGGUUCUGACCCCUGUCAACAGGAUCAUUCUUGGUGCAGGUGUUUGCUCAGGCAGAGGGUAAAUUGGUUAGACCACUUGAGUAGGGAGUUCUGCACUGGAGGCAUGAUCAGACUAGGUGACCCCUCUAAGAUCUUUUGCUAACCGAUUUGUGAGGGUUAGGCUCUGGCCUGCUAUCCUUGUAUUCCUUAAUUUGAAAUGAGCAUGAGCCCCUUCAUGCAAGAAACCUUGAUGACUGAAUAGCUGGAUAGGGUAGAGAUCUGGUUAACACUAGAAGGACCAGGUUCAUUGACAAAAACUUUUAUUGUAAUUUUAUUUUGAAAUAAAAAUUUUUAUUAUUUCUUUUACCUUAUGGAUAAAAGAAAUGCUCUGUGUCAAUUAAUGCAGCUUAGUCUUUUGAGGUAUUAAAUUCUGGUCCUACUAGUACUAAGUAGGGGAUGAAAACACUAAGGCCAGACCUGAAUGAGACCAAUUUCUUUGAGGGUUAAACAUUUUCGGAGUGGCCAAUCCCAGCCUUACUAUGGAAUAAAUUAUACACGUGGGCAGGAAGAGGGAGUAGAUCUGUCUGCAAAAGUUGAUUGACUUGCCCUAGCGCCCGAAUCAGUGAGCUGCAGCAGUUAGCAGACUUCUCAACCCACAAACACCAAAGACAACAGAGAAGAUUAGUGGGAAAAGCUGCCGGAGUGGAAGGAGUGGGGAGACAGAAGGGAGGGCCGACUGGGGAACAAGGCAACCAGAAUAUACGCCAUCUUGGAGUGGGGGGAGGGUAGAAAUGGGGAGAAAAUUUGUAAUUCAAACUCUUGUGAAAAUCAAUGCUGAAAACUAAAUGUAUUAAAUAAAAAAAAAGUUGAUUGACUUUUCUCUGACCCCCACAUCACCUUUGUCUCCUGCUCAGCAUGCUACCACCAAUAGAUAGAAUUCAGAAAAUCCCUUGAAUCUGUCUGUAUCCCUCUUUCCAGAUCUUGUAUUUUCCUUUUCUUUCAGACCUUCCUCGGGUCAAUGAGCAUUUCUUCACUCCAGUCUAGGUACUAUGGGGAGCACAAAGUACAAAGAUGACUCCAUGGCUCUGUCCUUCAGGGAGCUUUUAGUCACAUUUUAUUUUCUGAUGAGCAUUCUCUCCCACUCCCUGAUUGAGAUAGCAAGCACAACAAACAACAAAACCCUUGUUACAAACAUAGUCAAGCAAUACAAAUUUCCCCAGUGGUCAUGAUUUUAAAAACAGUUUCACUCUCCACUCUGAGUUUAUCACCUAUCACGAGGUCGAUAACCUGUUUCGUCUUGUGUACUCUGGAAUUGUGGUUGGACACUAUGCUGAUCAGAGUUCCAAAGUCUUUGAAAGUGGCCUUUAUAUGUAAUGUUGUUAUAUAAAUUGUUCCGGUUCUGCUCA